GGACGCUGGCGUGAGCGGUUGUGUUCAUGUGAUUGUGUAAUUGGAUUAUUCAUCUGUGAUUGAUACAAGGCCCUAAAGACAGCAAUGUUAUAGUCCUAACAAUAGUGUAAUAUAGUGUAGUGUGUGAUAAAACUUAGUGUCAAAAUGGGCUGCAAUACGAGUUCCGAAGCCAAGUCGAAAAAGGAAGAGAAGGAUUCACAGGAAAAUAACGCGAAUGCCGCGACAGAGGAGAAACAAAAAGAAUCGGCGGAGCAGGGUGGUCCCUCAGAAGAAGCAGCUGCCACAAAAAUCCAAGCGGUUUUCAGAGGGCACAAGACAAGAAAAUCAAUAAGUAUGAAGGCGGUUGAGAAACCAGCUGAGAAGAGCCAGCAAGAACCGAGCAAGGCUGAACUGGAAGCUGAGUUUCGGGCUGAUGAUAAAGACUUGUGCAAUGCGGCGACGAAAAUUCAGGCGUCGUUCCGCGGACACCAAGCGCGCAAGCAGACCCAGGUUGAAAAAACCAAGGAACAACAGGAUAAAGAGGAUGUCGAGAACAUCGACUUGACGGAUCCCGAGCUGAACAAGGCUGCCACUAAGAUACAGGCCUCGUUCCGCGGACACAAAGUUCGCAAGGAUACCAAUUAAUUUUAUCACUAUGGCUUUUGUACGAAAUUACAACUAACUAAUUCUAGUUUCAUUUUAAAGUUAUUCGGAGGUUUUGAAGCAUUUGAAACAUUACAGAACAACACCAGUACUUUGUAACUCCCAAUCACUAUCGGGGGUUUUUUUAUCAAAAGUGGGAACGCAUCUUCGAAUCCCCGUCUCCACAAGUAGUAGGAUUGUGGAACUCGGCCCACACCACUAUUGGGCACCUAUAGGCCAUCCAUACAUCCCUUACAUUUUAGUCGAAUAUGAGUUACACGGCACUGGUGCAAGUAGAAAGGUAAUAAAUACAAUUUUUCUAUAGUAAAAAGCCAACACAUGUUCAAUAUUUUAUAUUAUUUAUUUUUAAAAUGUAUGAUUAUACUUUCAUUCUGUUAAUUAUAAACUAAAUCAGUCUUAUUGUUUUAAUUUAAGUAGUUAUUCGUUUCUUUCUACAGUGUAUUUAAACUUGAAAAAUAAGCGAGUCAGUUAAAACUUAAACUGACCUACUUUAUAUAAAUAAAGGUUUAAAUAUAUAAAUGUUAUAUUGUAUAUUAAAGAUGCAGUGAAUCACUUAAUUGAAUUAACGUAUAUAACACUAGAGAAAGGAUGUUUUAUGUUCUUGUUUAAGUCGCAAUUCACCUUAAAGCAAAUAAUUAAAAACUUCUCUAAGUCAUUAUAAAAUGUCUCUAGUCAAGUAUAUUAUUUUACUAAAAUAUCUUGCUUUAUUUAGUUGAAAUGUAAUUACUAAUGUAAGUAUGCACAAGAUACUUGAUGUAAUAAUUUUCUCUAUUUAUCGCUAGUUAUAAAGUAAUUACGUACAAAAGACAGUUAUAGUAAUGUGUUUUAAAUGAUAUGUCACAUAUUACAGAUAUGUGAAUCGUGCACAUGAGUCAAAAACUCUAAGAUAUUUUUAACCCAUCAAAACACGUGAUGAUCUUUAAAAUGGCGUAUCAUUUCUAACACAGCGUAGACAAAUUACUAAUAAUAACAAAAUAGAUAUUACCUAUCCCAUUUUUCUAUAUAUUCUGGAAAAUUCUUGUAAAUUUUCAAUAUAUACAGUUUUUUGAUAACAUUCCAAUGUAUUUUCUUCUUUAUAUUUGUUAAAUAAGUUAUUGUAAUUUAUUGUAAGGACUAAACUGACGUUAAUUGUUCAUAGAAGGAAAAGUUACUCCGUAGCUUCCGUAGCUAUUUAUCUCCAUACAGUGUAUGCUUUUCUAAGAAUAUACACUUAAAUAAUUAAAUUAAAGGAAUGUGAGAAAUAUCCAUGCUUUUUGUUGAAUAUUAUUUUAUUUUGUUUAAGUUUUGUCUAGGUGUUAAACGUGAAUGAAUUUUUUGAGGUCUUGAUUAUAACAAAUGCCAACUACAAAUAAAUAUACGAAACUUCCAAGAACUUGCAUUGUCAACUUCAAUGUAGGUAAACAUUGUGAGUUAACUGUAGGUCACAUACGAAGCAAAAAAGUUGGUUAUCUACCUGAAUCUGAACAAUGAAAUAGAUACAGUUUACUGUCUAUUUAUUAUCAGCUUGAGUGAGUGUUCUUAGAUGAUUUUGACCAGGAUCUUGGCUUAUACAAUAUAAGCCAAAAUUGAGGAAAAAUUUAUGAAAUUCAUAUAAAAAAAAUGAUUUUUCAAUUUCGUUUUACACUUAUCGAUUUCUCCAUUUCCACCAGAUGUCAAAUUUAGUCCUUACAAUUGAAAUUUAUUAUUUAGUAAAAUCGUUACUAAGCAUAGUUCUAGGGCUUACCCGUUAUUAAAUACAUUGCGUACACCUACGUUAAGAAAAGAAUAUAAAUUAUUUUAAUCAAUUACUAUGUUGCCAUAAUCACGCAUUCAAUAUUUUCUGUAAAUUACCGAAUGGUUUAUUAAAUAAAGUAUUUAAUAUUCGCCAUUA